GCAAUGGCAAGAUCAUGAGUCCCGGAGACAGCGACGGGAGCUUCUCAGAUGGCGACGGUAUUUCCAUCGGGGUCGACAAGGGCAUCAAUAUGGCCUGGAUCCAGUUCGAACACAUCCAGGAUGUAGAUGUGAGGAUCAUGCGCCGCGAUGGCCAGGCUUUUGGCGAGGAAGCCAUCAGUCUUCCAACAGUUAAUACAUUUGGGACUCAACAUGUGGCUGGUGCCCUGGUUAUCCAUGUGCCUGCUGACCCCAAGGGCCAUCGAUUCUCAGUGGAGUUUGCAGACGACCUGAACACGCACCGCUUGAACGGCAAUGGCUACACAACUGACGGCUCCGGUGAGGUUGUGGGUAUCGAGCCACAGAAUACGCUACUCAUUUUUGCCACUACUUUCUUGCCCGACGGCUGGUUCCCUUUUAGGAUGGCGUAAACG